AUGAAUCUCUGUGGCCGGCAAAAGGUUGUUCAGCGGAAGAUGGUGCUUCUUGGAGAUGGAGCUUGCGGAAAGACAUCGGCUUUGAAUGUGUUUACUAGAGGGUUCUUCCCAACUGUUUACGAACCGACGGUUUUUGAAAACUAUGUUCAUGACAUCUUCGUCGACAACACACAUAUGGAACUAUCUCUAUGGGACACAGCCGGACAAGAAGAAUUCGACCGUUUGCGCGCACUUUCCUAUGAAGAUACACACGUGAUCAUGCUCUGUUUCAGCGUCGACAAUCGAGAUUCCUUCGAAAACGUAUCCACCAAAUGGAUGGCCGAAAUCCAUGAAAACUGUCCUGGCGUAAAGAUGGUUCUAACAGCACUCAAAUGCGAUUUGCGCAAGGACGAAGAACAGAAUGAGAAUCCGGAGGCGGUUACAUUCGAUGAAGGACUGGCAAAGGCCAAAGAGGUCGGGGCUGUUAAGUACCUGGAGUGCUCGGCUGUUCAGAAUCGUGGUAUUCGCGAGACGUUCUAUGAAGCUGCCAAGGUGGCUUUAGAAGUGAAGCCAGCUAGUGGCAGCUCUAGUGGCGGAUGCGUUAUUCUUUAA